AUGUCGGUCGUUGGCUUGGACUUCGGCACGCAGAAUGCUGUCAUCGCCGUUGCCCGCAACAAGGGUGUCGAUGUCAUUGCCAAUGAAGUCUCUAACCGUGCUACGCCUGCAUUGGUGAGCUUUGGCCCCAAGAGCAGAUAUCUAGGCGAGGCAGCAAAGACGCAGGAAGUGUCAAAUAUGAAGAACACAGUCGGCUCCCUCACAAGACUGGCUGGCCGAUCAAUACACGAUCCCGACGUCGAUAUCGAGAAGGACUACGUUUCAGCACCUCUAGUGGACAUUAAUGGUCAGGUCGGCGCCGAAGUCAACUACUUGGGCAAGAAGGAGCGCUUCACGGCGUCGCAACUAUGCGCCAUGUUCUUGACCAAGGCCAAGCAAACAGCAUCCGCAGAGUUGAAGCUCCCGGUGAACGAUAUGGUGAUCAGCGUGCCGGCGUGGUACACCGACGCACAGAGAAGAGCGCUCCUGGAUGCAGCAGACAUCGCUGGUAUCAAAGUGUUACGACUUAUUAAUGAGACCACGGCUACUGCGCUUGGGUAUGGUAUCACCAAGCUGGAUCUACCGGGUCCAGAGGAGAAGCCACGGCGGACGGCUUUCAUCGAUAUUGGCCAUAGCAACUACACAUGUUCCAUCUGCGAGUUCCGGAAAGGUGAACUGAAAGUCGUCUCGACCGCCUACGACCGACACUUUGGCGGUCGGAACUUCGACAAGGCGAUCAUGGACCACUUCCGGCAAGAGUUCAAGGAGAAGUUCAAGAUCGACGUCUACGAGAACGCCAAGGCCAAAGUUCGUGUCGCGGCUGCGGUGGAGAAGAUGAAGAAGGUCCUUUCGGCGAACGCUAGCGCGCCAAUCAACAUCGAGUCCUGCAUGAACGACGUGGACGUUAAAGGCAUGCUCAAGCGCGACGAGAUGGAAGAGCUUGUACGUCCGCUUCUCGAACGUGCAACGGCGCCCAUCGAGCAAGCACUGGCGGAGGCGAAAUUGAAGGUUGAUGACAUCGACUUUAUUGAACUUGUCGGCGGUUGCACGCGUGUGCCUGCGCUCAAGCAGGCCAUCACCAACUUCUUCGGCGGCAAGCAGCUCAACUUUACACUCAACGCUGAUGAGGCUAUUGCAAGAGGAUGCGCAUUCAGCUGUGCCAUUCUUUCGCCCGUCUUCCGCGUACGCGACUUCAGCGUUCAAGACAUUGUCAACUACCCCAUCGAGUUCGCCUGGGAGAAGUCGCCAGACAUUCCGGACGAGGACACCAGCCUCACGGUAUUCAACAAAGGGAACGCGAUGCCCUCAACCAAGAUUCUUACAUUCUACCGCAAGCAGCCGUUCGAUCUGGAAGCGAAGUACGCCAAGCCUGAUUUGCUACCAGGCAAGAUGAACCCUUGGAUCGGUAGGUUCAGCGUGAAAGGUGUAAAGGCAGACAGCAAGGACGACUUCAUGAUCUGCAAGCUUAAGGCGCGUUUGAACCUGCAUGGCGUGCUCAACGUUGAGCAAGGCUACUAUGUCGAGGAGCAGGAAGUUGAGGAGCCUGCAGUCGACGGCAAGGCGGAUGAGAAGAAGGAUGCUGAUGUGAGUUCCAUUCCCAAGACCCGCAAGGUCAAGAAGCAAGUCCGAAAAGGCGACCUACCGCUCUCCGCUGGCACUUCUUCCCUCACGCCAGAGAUGAAGGACAAGUACUCGGAGCAGGAAGGGCAGAUGGUCAGCGAAGACAAGCUUGUUGCUGAUACGGAAGACAAGAAGAACGAGCUCGAGUCGGAGAUCUACGCAAUGCGGAACAAGAUCGACGAGCCGUACUCGAGCAACGGUUACUCUGACUUUGCUAACGAGGAUGAGAAGCAGAAAGUGAAGGACAAGUGUGAGCAACUUGAGGACUGGCUGUACGACGAAGGCGAAGACGCGACAAAGGCACAGUACGUUGCGAAGAUGGACGAGCUUCGCGCCGCCGCAGGUCCCAUCAUCCAGCGCUUCAACGACAAGCGUCAAGAGGAAGACGACGCGAGGCGGAAAGCCGCGGAGGAGGCCGCAGCGGCCAAGCGUGCAGCGGAGGAUGCAGCGAAGAAGGCUGCCGAUGAAGCUAAGAAGGCAGAAGAUGCGGCGAAGAGGGCCGCUGAGCCUGAGAAGCCGGACGCGGAGAUGAAGGAUGCACCGGCGGAUGCUGAGGGUCAGGCACCAGCUGAUGUCGAGGAGGCUUGA